AUGAGUGAACUUGAGGAGCUAAGCAAUGAAACAUAUACAAGUUCAAGAAUUUAUAAGGAGAAGAUGAAGGCUUAUCAUGAUAAGCACAUUAUGAGAAAGAACUUCAUUGAAGGUCAAAAGGUAUGACUUUUUAAUUUAAAACUUAGAUUACUUCCUAGAAAACUUAAAUCUAGAUAGGAUGGGCUGUACAUUGUUUUACAUGUUUUGGAUAAUGGGGCGAUUAAACUUCUUGAUCACAAAAAUGAUAGAUCUUUUAUUGUGAAUGAUCAACAUUUGAAACCCUAUCUUGAACAUGAUCCUCAACCAUCUAAAGAGUCUUUGCUCCUCACUAAUCCAUGAGUUUACAUGAGUCUAGCUAAAGAAAUUAAACAAAGCACUCUUGGGAGGUACCCCAAACCUUAAAUAGAUAUCCCUUUGUUUUGUUUGUUUUUGUUAUCUCUUCUUUUCUUUUUAUUCCUAUUUUCAAUCAAGUAUAGAGGAGAAGGAAUGAAGCAAAUAGUGAAAUUAGAAGCCCAGCAAUGCCACAACAUCGAAAUGGCUCCAAAAAUUCAGGUUAUAUCCUUCCCCCCGAUCUAUGCUUUCAUAGAUGAGCAUGUAGUAUGCUUGCCAUUGAGGCCAAUGUCAUUUAAGUGGGGGGAUCAGCUAAAUUGCAUGAAAUUUGGUAAAUUUUCAAUUUUAAAGGAUGCAGAUUGCAGCAUAUUUAAUGCAACACCCUAA